UAUCAAAACUAUAAAUCAACAAACUUUAACACUUCUAACAACGACAAUGUAUCGUUGCCUGGGUAGCAAUAAGGGAAAGGUUCUACUUGCCAUCUUUUUACUGCUAUGCAUCUUUAUAUUUGUCAACCGGCAUACAAAUGAUAUAGUGGAACAUUCAAGCAACGUUAAUAAAAAAGCACUGACCAAGCCGAAAUCGUUAAGGACACUCAAUGGACAGUUUACGGCACGCAAAGCAGCUUUUAAAGCAUCCUCAGACAUGGAUUUCAAUGUUUUUGAUCACAAAUGCAAAAUACCACGACCUAAUCCAUUUUCCGAAGACGUUAUGAGUAUUUUUGAGCCCCCCAAAUUUAAGGAAUGUGCAGAUCAGCCCGAUUUAUUCACCGUCCAAUAUGAUCUAAAGGAGAAACAAUAUAUCUUACAAUACAAUGAGUCUCUAUUAGUUGAGCUCGUUCCAAAUAUUUCCGACUAUGGCUGUGCUUGUCACGAGCUACAUCGAGCUCAAGAUGAUUCCCUUACAUGGAACAUAAUAUCCCCAUUUUCCUGCCAUGAUUGGACGGUGCCUCGUCGCGUUCAAGGUAUUGUAGUGGAAUGUUUUGAGUUGCGCAACAGAUCACGAGUCCUACAACGCGACGCAUUUUCCUUUGUCCAGUAUCCAGUCAAUUGCAACGACAAGAGCGACGAAGAGCGCAGUCUGACCUAUCCUAGUGUUAUAAUGCUGGGCAUUGAUUCCAUGUCGCAGAUGAACUUCCAGAGGACAAUGCCGCUCACAGCACACUUUGUGCGUCAACCGGGCUGGUAUGAGAUGCUUGGCCAUAACACUAUAAGUGAUGGUCCCUUCACCAAUAUGAUAACUCUAUUGACGGGCAGCUUGCCGCAAGAGUGGAAAAAUUAUUGCGAUAUAAAGAAGCCGGGCUGUCUAGACGCACUCACUUACCUCUGGAAUCAUUAUCAUAAUGCUGGCUAUCAGACAGCCUAUGCCGAGGACACUCCCACCUUUGUUCUUACACGACAGCCGGUGGAUUAUUAUCUUAAUCCUAUAAUGAAAGCCUUCGAGAAGAUCAUGGCAAAGGUCAAACGCUUUCAAUACGACUACUGUUUGGGCCGCAAACCGAAUUUCCGGUACGUUUUUGACUAUUGUCUUCAGCUGGUUCAGCGUUUUGUACACGAGACGCCAAAGCCCUUCUUUGGAAUCUUCUGGACGAAAAGUUUUAGUUAUGACGAUUUUAGUGGAGCGGCAAAUGUGGAUAAGGAUUUUGUGAGCUACCUUGAGCAGUUCAAGGAGCAUGGCUUAUUCGAGAGAGCAGUUGUCAUUCUGUUCAGCCUGCAUGGACAACACAAGGGACCGCUGAUGGAUCUGUCAUCUAGCUUUUUGGAAGAGCGAUUGCCUAUGCUGCACAUUUAUUUACCACCCUGGUAUCGAAAGCAGUAUCCAACAGUCGGGCAUGCACUUGACGUGAAUCGUCGUCGGUUGAGCUCCACCGUAGACUUGCACUUAACCAUUAAAGCGCUGCUUCUGCAGGUACGCCCGUCAUUGCGCUUUGAGAAAACCUGCCAGGACUGUAAGUCGUUACUUGAAGUCAUUCCAGAUAAACGCUCUUGUAAGGAUGCCUGGGUACAGGAUCACUGGUGUAGCUGUGAGCCGUAUACCCAAGAGCCAAUUACCGAAUCAAUUGAGAUAUUGGCAAAGACAAUUGUUUACCGCAUAAAUCAAUUUAUAUUUAGUACUAAUUACACCAUGCAGUGCUAUCAUUUGGAGUUAAAAAGUGUGCUGAGAGCCGAAAGCAAGAUAAACUUUGAUUUUAAUGGACUUCAAGUGCCGCCACCCGAUGAAAUGGAAAGGUAUCGGAUUCAGUUCACUACUCGACCAAGAGGCAAAUUUCGUGGAAUAGUAUUAAGUAACGUGCAAGCUAAUGUCGUGGAAAUGCCAGAGGCACACAUAAGCCGCUUAGAACCCCAUGGCAGUUGUGUACAAGAACCCUUAGCCGCAAAAUAUUGCGUUUGCCGACCUUCUAAAUAAUGUUCAUCAAUAAAGUCAAU